AUCCGUUAUGUUUGUUCGAUAUUUUGUUGUCAUAUCAGAGUCUCGUGUUGUCAUGAUAUGUAGCUUUAGUUAUUUGUUUUUGUUGUUUCGUUAAUGUAAAACAUGCAUAAUCACUUGUUGUUGUUGUUGUUGUAGUUGUUGUAUCCUUAUCAUUGAUCACAACCAAUUUAUAAGAUCGAUUUCUUUUUUUUCUAAAAUGGAUGAAAAACUGCAAGCUCGCUCAAUACAAGCUCGUUGUGUUGGUGAUGGUGAUGGUGAUAAUAAUAAUAAUGAUGAUGAUGUUAUUAGAAGUCAGCAAGUCGACAUUAAAUCAAUAGCUAUAAUGAGUAUCGACGACGAAAAUCCUAAACAAAAAGAAUUAAUUUCGAAUAAAAUUGUUGCCAAUCAUUGUUCCAAUCUUGAUCAUUUGUUUCGUACUCAAAUGACAAUCAAUACAAUUUACAAACGUAUCCAAGAUAAAUUGGAUCGUUUGGAUAAUAAAAUUCUUUUUUCAACUUUCUUAUGUUUUAUAUCGUUAUUGUUUAUUAUAAUGGCAAUUUUGUCUUAUUUUUCAAUCAAUAAGGAAUCGCUUAUCGCUGCAAUAGUAGCUAGUGCCUUAUUUUCGAAUAUCCUGAAUCUAAUCACAUUGUGUGCCAAUCAUUGUGGCAACUAUUUCAUCGUUUAUCUUUACUGCAUGUUGACCCUGUUGCAUAUUUUAGUCAAUAUUUUCAUCGCAAUCUCAUUUCAUUGGUUCUUUUUGGCAAUAUUGUUUCAAAUUUUUGCUGUGAUUUUGGCAACAGCACAUUUACGGCGAAUAAAACGGGAACAAUUUCCAAGAUUUCGUCCCAAUUUAGACGAUAUUGAAUAUUAAUAUAAAAUCUUUAUUUUCUGUUAUCCCAAAAUUUUUCGGCAAUAAAAUUUUUUUUGAUACUUUGAAUCGAUACUAUCGAUUCUUUGCGUUUUA